AUGAAUUGUCGAUAAAAUUAAAUUGGAUUGAAUGGAAUGGAGUUAUUGUAUAAUUGCUUUGGAUAAGCUACUUAGUUAGAAACAGUAAACCUAAUUCUGGAUAUGUAAUUAAUGUAUAAAAAAUUAGUAAUCCAUUAGGUGA